AUGGCGGAGGCAGAGGGUGGGCUGCAGCAGGAGGAUUGCCCAGGGAGCAGCAGUGCCCGGGCGGGUAGGGCCGCCGCCUGCCAGGGCUGUCCCAAUCAGGGGCUCUGCGCUGCCGGCGCCGCCCCAGAAUCGGCGGAGCUGUCGGAGCUGCGGUCGCGGCUGCGGGCGGUGAAGCACACGGUACUGGUGUUGUCGGGGAAGGGCGGCGUGGGCAAGAGCACCUUCAGCGCACUCCUGGCUCACGGGCUGGCAGCGGACGAGGCCAAGCAGGUUGCUCUGCUGGACAUCGAUAUCUGCGGGCCAUCCAUCCCUAAAAUGAUGGGUCUGGAAGGAGAACAGGUUCAUCAGAGUGGAUCUGGCUGGUCUCCAGUGUACGUUGAAGAAAACUUAGGUGUCAUGUCAGUGGGAUUCUUGCUAGGUAGUCCUGAUGAUGCUGUCAUUUGGAGAGGACCCAAAAAGAAUGGGUUGAUCAAACAAUUUCUUCGUGACGUGGACUGGGGUGAAGUGGACUACCUGAUUGUAGAUACACCUCCAGGAACAUCAGAUGAACAUCUGUCUGUCGUGCAGUACCUCAGUGCAACGCACGUCGAUGGGGCUGUUAUAAUCACUACCCCUCAGGAAGUAGCGCUUCAGGAUGUUCGGAAGGAGAUCAACUUCUGCCAUAAAGUGAAACUGCCAGUCAUAGGUGUUGUGGAAAAUAUGAGUGGCUUUGUAUGUCCAAAGUGUAAGAAAGAGUCUCAGAUCUUUCCGCCAACUACUGGAGGUGCAGAGAAGAUGUGUCAGAAUUUAAAUGUUUCCCUCCUGGGUAAAGUGCCUCUAGAUCCUCGAAUAGGAAAAUGUUGUGACAAAGGCGAGUCUUUCUUGUCUGAAGCACCUGAGUCUCCAGCUACAUCAUCGUACAGGAACAUCAUUCAGAGAAUUCAGGAGUACUGUGAUCAACACCAUCUUCCAGAAUAAACGAUUAUUUAAUCUAGGAAUGGAAUAAAAAUGUAGUUCCUGUUUAAUUAUAGAAAAAUAACUUAUGCCUUGAUAUAAUAGAAGGAAUGUAUUCUUUUUGUAUAUUGCAAAUAAAUUCUUAAUAUAAA